GGUCUUCCUCACACUGGCCACUGUCACAUGCAGUACCCGGUCACCCAGGUGUGGAGGGGCUUGCACACCUGCAUGUUGCAAACGUGGGGAGAACGACUUGCAAACAUGGAUAAGAUUUCAAUAGUUGCCCUGUUUUUUUUUACAGCAUCAACAAUUAAUGCUCAAGUUGAAAACAAGGCAUUUCUUUCAACCACAUCAAUUACAACUGAAACAGCUACAAAAACCACUACUAUGGUACCAUGGACCACGACAAAGGAAUUCGCAACUGCGACCAUGGCCAAUAAAGCCCACAUGAAGCGCUUCAGCCUAAACAGCGAUGAAUGCCACGAUCACAACCACCGACACCAUCGACGCCACCGACACUGCAGACCUACCACGCGACCUGCAAAAAUGACAAGUCUCAGUUCAACAACAACAUCCGUCAAUGCAAUGCUGAGUUCUGGAGUACAGCUUACCUCAACUACUGCACAAUGGAGCACAUUACUCACUGCUACAAGUUAUGUGACCACACCAUCAUCUAGUAGUCCUGCUACUACUGCAAAAACAACCACUACAACACCAGUUCCAGCAGCGGCAAAAUCCAUCACUACACCUCUUGCUCCUACAGCUGCAGACUUCACCACUUCACCUCCUGCUCAUAUAGUGGCACAGUCCACAAUUACACCACCAGCUCCUACAGAGGAAAAAUCCACAACUACACAUCCUGUUCUUACAGUGACACAGUCCAAAACUACACUUCCAGUUUCUACAACCACAGAUUCCAUCACUGAACCUCAUGCAACAACUGCACAAUCCCCUGCUACAACUCCUGCUCCUGCAGCCGCAGACUCCAUAACUGAACUUCCUGCAACAGCUGGACAAUCCACAGCUACACCUCCUGCUCCUACAGUAACACAAUCCAAAACUACUCCAAGAGCAACACAAUCGACUGCUGCACCACCACCUUUUAUACCUGCACAAUCCAACACUACACCAACUUCUACAGUAGCUCAGUCAACAAAUAUACACCCUGAUCCUAGAGUAACACAACCCACAGCUACACCUUCUGCUACUACAACUGCACACUCUAUCACUACACCACAAUCUCCAACAAUGGAACAAUUCACAACUAUGCCAGCAGCUCCUACAAUGGCACAAUCCAUGACUUCGCCUGCAAACCUGACAGUGGCACAAUCCAACGCCACUCCAACUCCCACAGUAACAAAAUCCACCACCACACCACCACCUCCUGUAGCCAUAUCUCCUACAACAACUGUACAAUCAACAUCCACACCAAAAGUUCCAAUAGCAACACAAUCCACAACGACACCAUCUGUUCCUACAGCCACACAAUCCAUCAAUACAGUACCAGCUCCUACAGUGACAAUAUCCACCACUACACCUCCUUUGCCUAAAGAACAACAAUCCACAACUACACUACCAGCUCCUACAGCCACAGACUCUAUUACUGAACCUCCUGUAACAACUGCACCAUCCACAACUACACCUCUUGCUCCUACAGUGUCACACUCCACUGCUACACCCCUUGCUCCCACAGCCACAGACUUCACCACUACACCACCAGCUUCUACAGUGGCACAAUCCACCGCUACACAACCAGUUACUACAGUGGUACAAUCCACCAGUACACCUGCUGCGCCUAUGAUGACACAGUCCUCAACUACAUCUCCUGCUCUUAAAUUGGCACAAUCCACCACUAAACCUUCUGAUCCUAUAAUGGCACAGUCCUCAACUACAUCUUUUGCAACAACUGCACAAUUCACCACUAAACCACCAGUUCCUACAGUUGAACAAUCCACAAAAACAGCGAUUUAUCCUACAGUGGCACAACCCACCACUAACCUUUCUGCUCCUACAGUAGCACAGUCCACAACUACACCUCUUUCUCUUACAGUCACACACUCCAGCACUACAUCUCUUGCAAGAACCGCAUAUUCAACCAGCACACCUGCUGCUCCUAUAGUGGCACAGUCCACGUUACCUUCUUAUUCUACAUUGGCACAAUCCACCUCUACUCUUCCUGCAACAUUUGCACAACUCACCACUACACCACCAGCUCCUACAGGAAUAAAGUCCACAACUACACCUCUUUUGUCUGCAGUGGGACAGUCCACCUCUACACCUCCUUCAACAAUUACACAAUCCACAGCAACACUUCUUGCUCCUACAGCAACACAAUGCACCGCUACACCUCCUUCUCCUAUCGCAGCACAAUCCAUCACUACACCUGCUCCUACAGCCACAGACUCCAUCUGUACGCCUCCUAUGACAAUUGCGCCAUACAGUACUACAACUGCCACCACUUUGACCAUCACAGACAUAAGCAGAACCAUUUCCUCUACACCAAGUACUCCAGAAUCUGUGGCUACUGAAACGACUACAACUCCCACGACAACCGAAACCAUCACCACACCAACCACUGCCACGGCAUCACCCACUACUGUGACAUCAACUACUACUGCAACGACGACAACUCCCACAACAUUUGAAAGCACAACCACACCGACCAGUAGCGCGACAUCAACUACUACUGAAACGACUACAACUCCUUCGACAACCGAAAGUAGAACCGCUCCGACCACUGCCGCGGCAUCAACCACUUCCGCGACGUCAACUACUACUGCAACGACUACAACUCCCACGUCAAGCAAAACCACCACCACGCCGACCAUUACCGCAACGUCAACUGCUACUGCGACAUCAACUACUACUGAAACGACUACAACUCCCACGACAACCGAUAGCACCACCAUGCCGACCCACAAUCAUGCCGACCAGUACCGCGACAUCAACGACUACUGCAACGACUACAUCUCCCACGACAACAGAUAG